GCCUGUACAGGUCGCCGGCAGAAGGACGGGAGGUGACGGAGAGAUGAGGACAGACUCCGACAAGCUCCGGACAUCGCCAUGUUGAGACUCCUGCCGCUGGUUCUGCUGCCGCUGGUUCUGCUGCCGCUGGUCUGCGGCGGCGAUCACAACCACUUCUUGGGGACGGUGAUGACCUACUACCCGACGAGCUCAAACGCUGAUGGAUCUGUGACGGUUCUUCUCCGGUAUAAGCUGAACUUCAGGUCGUGCAGAAGCCUGACUUGGCGGUGUAUCAGUGACGUUUGUGGGAACGAGAGCGUGACGAUGAGGACGGUGAGGGAGGACAGCAGUGAAGGGUGGUGUCAGACGGAGGGCGUCUCCACUCGGGUGGUUGUCAACGCUCCCUUUCAUCUGUGGUUGAAUGCUGGGUACUGGAAAACUCACACCAGAAAUAAUGUCAUCAAUGCCAGUGCUCUGGCUCUGGUAGAGCUGAGGAACCGGUCCGAUACUGGCCGACCCAACAGUUCACCCCAGACAACCAUCCUGCCGGUUCUGAGAGUUCCUUCAAACUGCCACCGAGACCUGAACUUGCUGACGCAUGACCCCGAUGGAGACGAGGUCAGAUGCAGAUAUGGAAGCAGCCUGGAGUUGGACUGCUACCAAUGCACAUGGCCGUCAGUCCUCAACCUCUCAUCGUCUUGUACCCUGUCGUUCCGCCCCGCCAACAGCAGCGAUGAAGGUCCGUAUGCCGUGCAGCUGGUCAUGGAGGACUUUCCCAGGCAGAGCAUCAUGUUGACCCACACCAACGGGUCGCAGGAGGCAAAGACCACCAACGACGCCAUCAGCAAAGUACCAGUGCAGUUUCUUCUUGGGGUGGAUCCUGCGGUGCCAGACUGCACGGAGGGGAUCUACCUGCCCAGGUUUCUGCCUCCGACCCCGGAAAACAGAGCUCUGCUGAACGCCACGGUCAACAACGUGCUGGAGAUCAACAUCACAGCACAGGCUAGCGCUGCCACGAUUUCCGAGCUGCUGUUUAGCGGACCGUACAACAUAACCAACGUGACACAGGAGGCUCUGGGACCGGGGCGGUUCCUUCUCAGGUGGACGCCACCUGAAAGCGAAGCCGGGACGAGCCAACCCAUCUGCUUCGUCGCCAGAGCGCUUUACAAUGGAACCCGCUAUCACUCGGACCUGCGGUGCGUCACCGCGAGUGUCGGACGGGAACCACCGAUGAUCAACAUUCAACCAACCAGUCCACCAACUAGUCCACCAACCAGUCCACCGACUCGUCCACCACCCAGUCCCCCAACUAGUCCACCAACUAGUCCACCAACUAGUCCACCAACUAGUCCACCGACCAUUAAACCAACCACUAAACCGAUCACUGCAUUUCCUCCACCAUUUUCUUCUUCACCAGCUUAUGUCGUAGCUCUGAAGGUGCGACUCUCCACGCCGCUGCAGUUGUCUGAGAUCAUCUCUGAGAAGAUUCUGAGAGAGGUGAAGGACGUUCUGGUGAGCUACGGGCUGCCGCCUGACGUCACGCUGCGUAUCGUCAACGCCGUACAGCUGACUCCCUGAACAUCCGCUGGAGGAAAGUGGUUCUGAACUCUGAUUCUGGGCGUUUGCUCCUUUAAUUAACCUUCUGAUGUCAUUAAAUCUGUUUCCUAACUGGCUGGGUUGUAAUAUGAAGGAAAUCAUUAUCUCAAUGUAUCUGCUGAAAAUCUCUGUAAUAAAUCUUUAUUAUUCUUUAUUUCAUUCAUUAAAAGAAAAACUAAAUGGUUCAAUAUAAUUACAAAGAAUCUCUUUCCUUGAAUGAAAGGGAACAG